AUGUCCCUCAGACGCUCCGCUCGCCUGAGCUCCCUGCCGAAUGGCAAGCUACCGCUGGCACCAAGCACCCCGACCAAGAGGACGAACAAAACCACCCAACGCAACGGGGUUACCAAAGCACGAAAGCCCUCAACAAAAGACAAGAGAGUACUGAACCUGGACCUCGAACAGACAUCCGCAGAUCAGACAGCGCAGGACACGGCUACCCCCGCAGAACAACAACAACAACUACCACCCGACACCAUCUUCGACGCCCCUCUAUCUACUCAUUACACCCUCAAAAGACUGCGGUCCACGCCUCCUCCUCUCGACCGCCCCGUCGAACCCCACAGAACAAAUGCCACCCUCCUCACCCCGCACGGCUCCUCCCUCGUCGCCUAUCCGCCAGGCGCAGAAGACGCCUCCCCGAGCAAGACAGGCCGGCCCCGUCCCACCGCCACGACAGGGACGCUGCUCGAAAAGGCCGUGGCGCAUCUCAUCGCAACGGACCCGCGCCUCGAGCCCGUCAUAAAGCAGUACCCAUGCCCGCUGUUCUCGCCCGAGGGUCUCGCGGAGGAGAUCGACCCGUUCCGGAGUCUUGUCAGCAGCAUCAUCGGACAACAAGUGUCGGGGGCGGCGGCCAAGUCGAUCAAGGAUAAGUUCGUGGCGCUGUUCAACGGGCCCGACGGCGGCGUCGCCUGGUUCCCCACGCCCGAGCAGAUCGUGCAGUGUGAUAUUGCCACGCUGCGCACGGCGGGCCUGUCCCAGCGCAAGGCGGAGUAUAUUCAUGGGUUGUCACAGAAGUUUGCGAGUGGCGAGCUGAGCGCGCGCAUGCUGCUGAACGCUAGCGAUGAGGAGCUCUUGGAGACCUUGACGGCGGUGCGUGGGCUGGGCCGAUGGUCGGUUGAGAUGUUUGCCUGUUUCGCUCUGAAACGCAUCGAUGUGUUUUCUACGGGUGACCUGGGAGUACAGAGAGGCUGCGCCGCGUUCAUGGGCAAAGACGUGAGCAAGCUCAAAGCUAAAGGUGGUGGUAAGUUCAAGUAUAUGGCCGAGAAGGAUAUGCUGGAAUUGGCUGCGAGAUUCGCCCCGUAUAGGCACAAUGUUUUGCCGGUGUACUUAGAUGCGUCCCAUGUUUCAUCCUACAACACCGCGACUCCUUAUACUGCCGAUGGCCCCACCACAGGUCAGAGUCAGGUCUCAGCUAGGUAG